GUGAUUUAGGAAUAGAGAAAACAGUUACAGAAAUUUGGUAUUCAAUACUACUCAGUCAGGCAACAUAUGAAUGUCUUCGUACGUCACUUGAAGAGCUUACCAGCUUCAUGUCUGCGCAAAACCUACAGUUAAAAACAGCUGGUUUGAUAAGUGUGGACGAAAUGCAAUUCAAACAACUUCAAGACGCAUGGAAAACAUGGCUCGGUUUGCGGGUGCAAGGAACAAAGUGGAUUCAAAAGCAACGAGAAGAUGUAACCAAUUCGAAUAUAGAGUUUGUCGCUAGAAACUCUGGAUACAUUGAGAAUGUACCAGUAGAACACGUAAGCGCAGUAAAGAAAUGGAUAGAUGACUGCGUUUUUAAACGAACGCAAGCGCCAAGGUUCGCUGAGAAUCCGACAUUCACUGGUGUUGACGUGGCUGCUAGAAACGCCCAUUACUCUUAUUGCAUUCCACCAGGACUUUUUCCCUUCUCUAGCUGGGACUAUCUGCAGGUGAAGAAAUUCAAGGACUCUAAUUGCCUCGUCACAAUGUACGGUGAUUAUAUUGAAUGCAUUUUACGCAGAUUGAUGAAGAUCUUGUCCAAGCAACAAGUCAGUUUCCGGAUCGUACUGUGUGAUUGCAUGGACAUAAAACAAUAUCUUGAAGUCAACACAGUAUAUGACCGCAUCCUAACAUCAAACCUGAUGGACUAUGUAUUUCUACCAAACCUAUUGAAGCUUUGUUCCCAGAUCAUAAACCAAGACAAUCAUCAUACAACCAUUAUUACGGAAACCAUAUUGUGGGCACGAGAUAUUAUGCCGGAAGGAGAUAUCCCGUGGCCUUCCAACAAGUCGCAAUUACCAAAGUUCGAAAAAAUUGCUUUUGAAGAUACAAAGCGGUCUUCAUUUGCCAUGGACGGCGGUACAAGUUUCAGAGAAUAUCUGGAUAAUUCAUGUGAUUUCUUCAAUUACCUUCGAGCUAUGUUUUACGCCUAUCGUUUGAAGAGAGUUGGUGAAAGUGGAUCUACCCAUGACAAACCUACGAUUCCUGUUAUCAAAGAAUUGGGAAAUGAAUUUCAAUUGCGUCUUCGUGAUGGCAUUCGAAACGAAAACAGGAUCGUAUUUUUCAGGCCGGCAAUUAACAGGCGAAGAGUGACUAUUGUUUCAGGCAUGGAGCGUUAUUUGGAGUGGAUACCAAUCCAGAAAAAGUAA